UUGAAUCGUGUUGCGUUUGUUUGUUUGAAUUAUGAAACUAAUCUAACUCCAUAUGGGUCUGGUUCAGUUUUUUUUUCCGUGUGCUGUCUUGUGAUUCCAUGAUCCCGCCUUGAUGACAUCAUCAAAACAAGGCUGUGGAAGCGUUUCGAAUUCAGUACGGCAACGCGUUUCUUAAUUCUCAUUUGAAGGGAAUACUUGAGGUUGGUAUUUAGUAAGAUGUUUUCCCUUGUUGCCCUGCUGAUCAUAAGCCUACCAACAGAUGGAGACACCGCGCCUAUCACCUGCUACAAUGACGAAGGAGUUGCUGUUGACUGGUUCUAUAUCUACAAACUGCCACAUAAGCAUGGUAGCAAAACUCAAAACGAUGGGCAGAAGUAUCUACUAAUGGAUAAAGGGAGUGAGAGAUGGACGGACGGGAAAGUCCUGGUGAACGACAGCACUGGAGCACUAGGGAGGACAGUGGGGCAGCUAUAUCAGCAAGAAAAGAGCAGUGAGCUUGCCUAUAUCUUGUACAAUGACCAGAGUCCACCCGAGGCUAUGGGCGACAGAUGGUUUAAUCAAAGUGGAAACAGAGGGGGGCAUACUAAGGGUGUUGUGCUUCUGGAUAAGAAUCAGGGGUUUUGGCUGGUCCACAGCACGCCUCGCUUCCCCCCAGUACAGAAGAAAGGGCCGUAUUCUUACCCGAGCACUGGUGUGAUCAACGGACAGAACUUCAUCUGUGUCACUUAUCCACUGGAGCGCUUUCAGACCAUUGGAGAACAGUUGCAGAUAAACCAGCCUAACGUGUAUGACUGUGAUGUUCCUGCCUCCUUGGCUAGUCUGGUGCCCUCCAUAGCUGCUGUGUGUAAGAAGAACCAAAUGACCAACAGCAUCUUUCCAUACACCAGGCCUGCAGCCAACCGCAGCAUGUCUCUCACCUCUUUGGGUGGAACAAAAUUCAUAAGUUUUGCAAAAGGGGCAUCAUUCAAUAAUGACCUGUACCACUCCUGGGUCGCCCCCACCCUCCAGUCCAACCUUCUGGUCCAGUUCUGGGUGCGCUCGACGGGCAUACUCCCAUCGAAUUGCACCCUGGGUUGGAAAGUCUUAGACAUCACCAGCCUCUCCCCAGGCCAGAAGUUCACCUACAAAGCCAGCCAGGACCACUCAAAGUGGGCCAUCAGCACCAAGGGGAACUGGGUAUGCGUGGGCGACAUUAACCGCAACCAGGCGGAGGAGAAGCGUGGAGGCGGGACAGUGUGCCAGCAGGAUGCCCUGGUGUGGAAGGCGUACAGGAUGGCAGCGCUGCAGUGUCAGAUGUGUGGGGGAACCAUAGCAAACUGUGCCACCUCUGUAGGGUGAGCUACAGCACUUACAGGGAGGGAAGGGAAACGAAAAGUUGUUUUGUCAGUCAUCUCUGAGUGGAAAUUUUGCACAAAUCUAUUUUUAUCAUGCCUACUGAAACAAAAUUGAAAUGCUGCUUCUGAUCAUGACUAACAUUCUUUACAUGUAAAACAGGUGCACUUUGCUUUGAGGUUGUUACUGUAGCAACCAGUGGUAGCCUUAUGGCCAUUCAACUAUAAUUGUUGAAAAAUCUUAGGUUUUUUAUGUUUUGUAUGUGCCAUUGUGAAUGCAACUAAUUAUUUGGAUCAAUUUGUGGUCGAGCGGUGUUGUUGGAUUUAUGUGUGUGUAUGCUUGGUUUUGGUACUGUUGUUGAAAUGUAGUUCUCUUUUCUGAAAUGAAGAUGAGAAAAAGA